AUGCGUACCCUUGCCAUACUGGCCUUUUGUUUAGCGGUGGUCGCAGCUGUUCCAUCUAGAUCUCAAAGGAUCAUUGGCGGAUCAGUUACCACCAUCGACCAGUACCCUUCUAUAGCUGGGCUUUUACUAACACAUAACUGGAGCACCCACUGGCAUCAAUGUGGUAGUAUCAUCCUCAACAACCGGUCCGUUCUCACAGCAGCUUACUGCACCGAACGUACAAGUAUUAGCAGAUGGCAUAUCUGUGUAGGCUCCUCAUGGGCUCACAGCGGUGGUGUCCUGCACAACAUUAACAAGGAAAUCAUCCACCCUCAAUACAACAUAGGAGCUCGUUGGAACAAUGACAUCGCCAUCCUUCGCUCCGCUACCACUUUCUCCUUCAACAGCUAUGUCCGCGCUGCCUCCAUCGCUGGUGCUAACUACAACGUGACUGGUGACUCCGAGCAACUUCAUCACGUCCAGGUUGUAGUUAUCAACCAGAAUACGUGCAAAAACCAGUAUGUUAAUAUUGGCAUCUCGAUCACUGAUAACAUGUUGUGCUCUGGGUGGUCCAAAGGUGGUCGCGACCAGUGUGCGCGUGACUCCGGUGGUCCUGUCUACCACAAUGGUGUUGUUGUCGGUGUGACCUCAUUUGGUAUGGGAUGUGGUGAUCCAAAUUACGCUGGUGUCAAUAUUCGCGUGUCUCGUUUUACUGCUACGAUUACUGCUAACGCAUAAGAAUCAUUCAACAUAGAGAUAUGCUUUCGAAAAGUUAAUAAAUUUUUGAAGAAAUGUU